AUGAGGCUCCUCAACACCACCACCCUCGCCCUCGAGUCGUUCCCCUCCCGGCCGCCUCCCUACGCCAUCCUCUCGCACACAUGGCUCACCGAGGAGGGCGCCGAGCCCACGCUCCGGGACGUCCUGGCGGGGACGCACACCGACAAGCCCGGCUGGGCCAAGAUCGUGGACUUUUGCCGCGCCGUAGCCUCGACCGGCCUCAUCUACGCGUGGGCCGACACGGUCUGCAUCGACAAGACUAGCAGCGCGGAGCUGUCCGAGGCCAUCAACGCCAUGUUUCGCUGGUACCGCCGCGCCGAUUGCUGCUUUGCCUACCUCGCCGACGUACCAGACGUUGACCGUUACGCUGAAGCCUCAGAACCAGGCCAAGGCACCGUGAACGAGCCCGGCCCGGCGUUCGAGCGCUCCCGAUGGUUCACCCGCGGCUGGACCCUGCAGGAGCUCCUCGCCCCUCGGCGCGUUACCUUCUUCUCGCAGUCGUGGCGCCGCAUCGGCACACGCGCGUCCCUCGCACAGCGCAUCUCCACGCGCACGCGCAUCCCCGUGCCCGUCCUACUCACGGGCUCGUGGCGCCGCGAUGCCAGCGCCCACGCCGCCGCGCGCAUGUCCUGGGCCGCCGGCCGCGCCACCACCCGCCCCGAGGACGCCGCCUACUGCCUGCUCGGCCUCUUCGGCAUCCACAUGCCCCUUCUGUACGGCGAGGGCGGGCCGCGCGCCUUCGUCCGCCUGCAGGAGGAGGUGCUGCGCCGGGGCGAGGACUGCUCGCUGCUGGUGUGGGACGCCUCGGCGCUGGAGGACGGUGACUUUGCGGAUGACGACGAUGAUGACGGGUACGUUGACGACUACGAAGGCGGCGAGCGGCGGAGAAUGGUCGUCGGCGCGUUGGCUCCGAGGGCGGACUGCUUCGCCGACAGCGGCAACAUCGCGUGCCACCCCGCCUCCCCCGAUGCCCCUGACAGCGUCAUCACGUCGACGAGCCGCGGCCUGAGCGUCCAGAUGUGCGUCAUGACGCGCGAGGACGGCCCGCCAGACGAACGGCUAGGUGUGCUACCGUGCCACGUUCGCGGUGACAUGGCCACGGUGAUAGCCCUGCCGCUGGUGCCCCUGGACACUGCGGGGAGCGUCGGCAGCAUCGCCGUGGGCAUGCCGACGCAGACGUACGCGCGCGCGCGCGCCGCGCCCGUAGUUCUCCCCAUGGUGCUCCCCGCGCUCGCGUCGCAGGCCGUUCUCCUUCCCAGGCAGUCUAGCUGGGGACCGGGACCAACAGAGGGACGCGUCGUGGCGCGGAGUGACACGACCUGGUGGCUCAAGUACUUUUCGGGCAACAGCUGCGACUUGCUCGGUUCGUGGACGGCGCCUUGGCCAGACGCUGCGUCGUCGUCGGAACCCUUCCCCCCUUCGCCGUGGCAGAGUGACCCGUCGCCACCCCCUAGCCCCUGUCUCGCAUCACCGUCUUCCCCAUUAUCAUGGACACGUAACGACCCAACACAGACCAUGACGCUUCUCAUUCCACAGACAAUCAUGACUGCCCGCGGCAAAUCGCUCCCCUUGCCAGGCCCCGUGUCGUCGGUCGCGGCGUUCCGGGUCCGAGGUCGAGAGGAAUACUUCGCCGUACGCAUGGAGCUGGGUCCAGGCGACGGCACGGCCAGGGUUGAGCUGAGCGCUCUCAACGGCGCGCCGCACCAAGACGAAGACAUGCUACAGCUGGUUAAGGGCGGCGGCGCGGGAUUAACCGUGCUCGAGCUUCCCAGUGCUACUAUCUCGGUGCGCUUUAGCAUCGACGACGUCAGGGGCACGCUGACCAACGUCGUCAACGUCAUCUGCAUGAGGCCCUUAGGGCGCAGUUGA